AUGCUGCACUCCAUAUACGACCUCACCACUUAUUGCAGGAAAACAGCAGGCGAUGUCCCCGCAAAGCUCGUCGGUGCUUCAACGACCGUCGUGGGGUCAAAGAUGUACCUUUUUGGUGGCAGAUUGGUCACCGAGCGGCGCAUGGUCUCUGAUCUCUACGUAUUCGACCUCGAAACUUUCGUGUGGGAGAUGAUCCCCUACACCCCAGGCGACGACAUUCCACAACCCAGAUACUUCCACAGCGCUGACGCAUGGAACGAUCACCUUGUUAUAUUCGGUGGAAUGAGCAACAAGUCCGACCCGUCCAGUCCAGAAGAACUCACAGUUCUCAACGAUGUUCGCUUCUUUGACCUCAAGACUAGACGUUGGCUACCAAAUGCACCAAUCCCAGCAUCGACCCCAGAAGGCCUGAUACCCCGCGCCCGCUAUGCUCAUCUUUCUUCCGUCACAGCCGAUCGACUUUUCAUCAUUGGCGGCCAGGAUUUCUUCAACACUUGGCUUGACGAUGUAUGCGUCUACGACCUAAUCGCUAAAGUUUGGGUUCAGCGAAGAGACUACCCCCGGCAUUGCGGAACCUACCGAAGCGUCGCCGUUUCCUCCAAUAUCACCAUCCGCUCCCCUCAGGACGAAGUCCAGGCAGGAUAUUCAUCUUCCACGCUAGGACCGCCAGGCUCACGAUUCCAACCAAGUAAUAAAUCCCUCCAAAUCCCUCCAAGAUCCUCCGCUUCAACGCCAGACAUCACCCCUUCCACAAACCUCAUUCACCUUCCGUACUCUGCCACUCCUACAGAAGAUCACCCAAGCGACAUCUACCUGUACAGCAAUUACAACUUCACCGAUGUUAAACGCGAGUUAGAAGUGUUCUCUCCCCUCCCCGACGUCGACUUCACCAUUCAAGACCGGUCCAAUGCCAUGGUUGGAACGACAUUUCCCCCAGGCCUACGAUUCCCGACAGGCGCAAUUCUGGGCUCCCAUCUCAUUAUUGCCGGCACAUACCUCGCCCACAGUUACCAGUCCUAUUCCAUCUGGGUCCUGGACCUCAACAGCAUGACCUGGUCGCGUAUCGAUCCCGGCAAGGCUUUGGAGACAGGUUCCUGGUUUAGAGGAUGCUUGUGGCCAGAAUCAAACAAAUUCCUGAUAUUCGGAAACAAGCACGGCAACUUGGUCGACGACUAUAACCGCAGGCUUCUCAGUUGGGACCACGUAGCCGUCAUUGAUCUCGAAGCUUUCGGAAUCUACCAAGCCCCGCCUCUCAAACUCGACAUUCGAAUGCAAGAGCUCGGACUUGCCGCAUUGGAAGAGAGGGUGUUAACAGAUUUUGAAAUUGUCUGUGAUGAUGGUCGAAAGAUCCCCUGUUCGCGCAAGAUCCUGGAGGACAGGUGGCCGUGGUUCAAGGAGAAGCGACUGAGCCUGCUCAAGAGUGCAAACGCUACCCUGGCCCACCUCCCUACAUCCAUUAUGCACGUCCCGCUCCCUGAGGUACCAGGUAGCAUGAGCUUUGAACAGCCCAAGCUGGACCCCCGGUUGACACCUCGUCAAUUCCAUCUAUCGGAACCGUACCCUAUUGCGCUGGCGCUUGUACAAUAUCUUUAUUCCCUGGCUCUGAUUACUCCCCUUCAACAUUCACCCACCGUGCUCAAUCAACUCCUGGUGCUAUCAAUGACCUACAAACUUCCCCAUCUGCAAUCCCUCGUGAAGCACGCGAUGCACCGGGCACUUUCAAAUUCAACAUCAGUGGGAGUGUAUGAAGUAGCAACGCUUUGCAGUUGCCGAAGCCUUCAAAUUCGCGCGUUGAAAACUGUAAUGGUGAGUACCUACCUCGAGCUCGGACGCUCUAGUAUUUCCUUCGCCUUGGAGAUCGUUCCUAACCGCAAGGCUGUCCUUGUUCCUUUCCAGUCGUAUACGCAAAAGCGACCCUCGCGGUCCCGUGGCGACUCGACCGCACAUAGGGAGACCGGGUCACGGAUGCACGAUUCCAGUCACAAAGCUGGUCCGUCGCACGGGCCUAACACCUCGGACCCACCGCAAAACCCGACCUUGGCCCAUCUCUCCUCUACAGCUCGACCACGCGGGACAUCAGACGCCAGGUGGCGGACGAUGGGCGGUGGCAUGGCUACCAUGAACAGCGGCAGCGGCUACAGCAGCUCGGAAUACAAGUAG